AUGGAUUUUACUCCGUGGGGAAAUCCCAGCAAGGAGUGGCAGUCCUUCGCGGCGGCCAACUCUGUAAUGCUGGGAAUCUCAGAAGACCACCUGCCUCCCCUGAUGCAGCAAGCAAAUACAAAUAAGACGCGUACGACGAUGUCAAAACAUCUCUUCCAGAGCACUGGCCUGAACAAGCUCGUCGCGACCCAGGACCACGUCGUUCCUACUCGUGACGGACAAUCAAUCACCGUGCGCAGCUACCGGCCGGUAUUGCUGGGGUCUAAGCCACUACCUGGCUACGUGUAUCAUCACGGCGGAGGGUUUAUCUUUGGCGCAUUAGACACGGAGCUCUUCAACUGCUCGUGGCUCGCUCACUCACUAUCUAUGACCGUCGUGCAUGUCUGCUACCGGCACACGCCGCAGGUUCAAGGGCUAACGCCAUGGCACGAUGCUCUCGACGGCUUCGAAUGGGUGGCCACGCACACGGAAAUUCUAGGAAUUGAUGCAUCCCGUAUCGUCGUAGGCGGGAUAUCAGCUGGAGCUUCACUAACAGCUCAGGUGGUACAGUCCGAACUACGUCGGGCUCGCGAGACCGGUGCCCCCAACCGAGUCAAGGGGCAGGUUUUGGGCAUCCCAAGUUUACUUCACUGGAAGGCGUUUCCCUACCACCUCUUCGCCGGCAAGGAGAGGACGUCUAUGGUGCAGUGCAAAGACGCCCCUAUCCUUAAUUUUAAGCGAUUGAAUUUAUUCAGCGCCCUUCUAGGCGACGAGAUCGACCCCUCUCAUCCAACAUGGAGCCCAGGACUUGCUGAUGAGGAGGAUCUGAAAGGUAUGCCACCAGCGGCAUUUCUUGUUGCGGGCUUGGACCCGCUACGGGAUGAGGGCCUGUUGUAUGCUACGAAGUUGAAAAACGCUGGUGUUCGUACAAAUGUUCACAUAUUCCCUGGCCUUCCUCACGUUUUCUAUGCGUUUGUGCAACUGCCAUCUCACAAACGCUGGAAUGAAGCUAUGCUCGGCUGUCUACGUUGGGCGGCGGCCGAUGAAGAUGGAUGGAUCAUCGAGAGCCCUCCCGUGAUGCCUUCUUUCAUGGAGCGUGCUCCGGCUGCCACUAGUUCAACGGACACGGUUAUUGUAGGUGCUUCCAAGUCGAACACUGAAGUAAAUGCUGGAACUACCCUUUAA